UGUCCUACCAGUGAACAAAUCCACCUCACAAAUAGAACCACAUAUUUUAUUUGUCAUGACGAUUAAGAGGAUGGCGUGGCAAUCUCAGCACCCUAAACUUUUUGCAGGGACCAGAAAAAACUGGAAAUUCAAAGUCUCCGGUGCCUGAUUUUUCGUGUUCUGAAGCUUAUAAAAUACGCAGAGGUUUCAUUUCGUCUUCAAAGGUUAUUGGUUCAAGAAAUUUCAGGUUUAUUUUUCUCAGCUCGGGGAAUUUGAGGAGAAGAAGUUUUCAGGCUCAGAAAGGUUAGGGAUCGCCAGAUCUAGUGUCCGCGGCGCCUAUCUAGCAAGCUUUUUGUGCUUUGUGCCUUGCUGGAUUUUCCUAUAAUUAAUUUCGAAUUUAUAUCGUAACGGAUUGCCUUUGUCUGCGUCCGGAUUCCCGGUUUUUAUAGGGGAAUUGUAGGAAGAAUUUUCAAUUAUUGGUAGAUCUGUUUCCAUUUUUUUGUGUUUCGUUUCCAAGAAAAUGAAGCGGCCUGGAGCUCUCUUCACAUCCGCUGCAUCCGCCACGGCUGCGGCUUUGACGUUUUCUACCGAUCACGACAUCCAAGUAAAGGCCUCUGCCCCUACGGAGCAAAAACCUGAAAGCUCGAAGAACAAAAGCAUGGAGGAAGCCUUCGCGCCGAGGUUCGAUGGCCUUCGAUUUAUUGAAACCCUAGUGACUGCUCACAGAUAACGGAUUUUGUGGAUGAACGAUUGGAUGAUAUAUGCUGUUUUAGGCAGUAAUUAUUUGAAAAAUUGUAUUACAAUUUGCUUUUGCUGCAAAUUGCAAAUUUUCUGAAAUUCAGAAUCUGCCAUAGCGGAGUGAUUGUAUUUAAAAUUUUCUAUAUUUAUCUUACAGAUAUUUUUGUAGUUGGAAGUGGAAUUCCGAAUACGAUUUUUAAUGAAAUAUUAACGCCUAAAAUUGUCAAUUGUGACCGAUCA